UUUGGAUAAACCUAAAAAAUGACUUGCUCUUCUCCCAUUGCCUUCAUGAGAACACUUUUCUAUUCCCUAUCACUCUCCUUGUCCCUCCUUGCAUUCUUGUUGCUUGUCUUGUUGCUCCCUAUUUCACAUGUUUCUACUUCCACUGCAUCUAUCACUGAACAAGCAGAGGCUCUCUUGAAGUGGAAAGCCAACCUCCACAACCAAACCCACUCCCUUUUGCCUUCUUGGACACUUGCCAAUUCUUCUUCCUAUUCCCAACCUUGUAAAUGGGUUGGUAUUGUUUGCAACCAGUUUGGUAGUGUCUCCCAUAUAAAACUAUGGGAUAUGGGUUUGCAAGGUACACUUCAAAGCUUCAACUUCAUUUCUUUCCCUGACAUUGUUCAUCUAGACCUCACCAACUUCACUCUCUUUGGCACCAUUCCAUUUCAGAUAAGUAGCCUUUCCAAUCUUAGAUACUUGGAUCUAUCUUACAAUCAACUUUAUGGUGAAAUUCCAAUCGAGGUCAGUGCACUACCAAAUCUUAAGUUCUUGUAUCUUGGUGCUAAUCAUCUAAGUGGCUCAAUCCCUUGGGGUAUAGGAGAGCUAAAUCAUCUUUUAAUAGUAGAUUUGGCUAUCAACAAUCUCAGUGGUUCAAUCCCUUCAUCCUUAGGUGCUUUGGGCAAUCUCACUACUUUAUCCCUCCAUGGUAAUACAUUUUCUGGUUCCAUUCCUUUUGAAAUAGGAAGUUUGAAAAAUCUGAGAGAGUUAUACAUGUACAACAAUUCUCUAACAGGAUCCAUACCCUCCAUGUUUGGAAACUUGACCAAGCUGGUCACUUUAUCACUGUAUCGGAAUAGUCUUUUUGGUCCUAUUCCUUUAGAGAUAGGGAACUUGGCAAGCCUAGUAAAUUUAGAUCUUUCUGAGAAUCUUCUGAUGGGUUCAAUUCCAUUCACUUUCGGAAACUUGACCAAGUUAUCCUUGUUGAGCUUGUUAGAAAAUCAAUUAUCUGGCAUCAUUCCUGCAUCUUUGGGUAAUUUGAGCAAGUUGGAGGUACUAAAACUCUUUGAAAAUCAAUUUUCAGGUUCCAUUCCUCAGGAAAUAGGGAAUCUGAAAUUUUUGUCUGACCUAGAAAUUUUUGGAAACAAUUUCUCAGGUAAUUUACCACAACAGUUAUGCAUUGGUGGAUCACUUGUAUAUUUUAUUGCACAUAACAAUAGUUUCACAGGCCCCAUUCCAAAAGGCUUGAGAAAUUGCACAAGCUUGUUGAGAGUCAGACUAGAAAACAACCUGCUGGAUGGAAAUAUAUCAGAAGCUUUUGGUUUUUAUCCACAUUUGUAUUACAUUGAUUUGAGUAAUAACAAAUUCCGUGGUGAGAUUUCACCAAAUUGGGGAAAAUGCCAGAAUCUUACAAGCCUACGGAUGUCAAGGAAUGAGAUCACAGGUAGGAUACCUGCCGAGCUUGCAAAGUUGUCUCAACUGCAACAACUUGACCUUUCUUCCAACCAUUUAGUUGGAGAAAUUCCAAAGGAAUUAGGGAGGAUGAAGGCUUUAUCAAGCCUGAAUUUGAGCCAUAACCAGCUUUCAGGUAGAUUGACAUUUGAAAUUGGAAAGUUGUCUAGCCUAGAAGAUCUCGACUUGUCAGCCAACAAUCUAACUGGACCUAUUCCAGAGCAACUAGGGAAUUGCUUCAAAAUAAUUUACCUAGACUUGGGCAAGAAUAGAUUGUAUGGAAGCAUUCCAUAUCAAGUGGGUAACCUGAUUUCACUUCAACUUCUAAUGGAUCUUAGUCAAAAUCAGCUCAUAGGAGAGAUACCAUCACAGAUUGGUAAAUUGCAUAUUUUGGAAAUAUUAAAUCUCUCUCACAAUAUGCUCUCUGGUUCUAUUCCUUCAUCACUAGAAGAAAUGGUGAGUUUGACAUCCAUUGACAUAUCUUAUAAUGAGUUAGAAGGUCCUAUUCCCAAAAGUGCAGCCUUCGAACAUGCUCCUAGAGAUGCAUUCAUAAAUAAUAAAGCACUGUGUGGAAAUGCAGAAGGUUUGCUUGCCUCUUGCAAUUCUUCUGCAAUAGAAAAGAGGAAUACUAGAAAUAAGCAUGGAUUCAUCAUUUUUAUCUUACUUCCUAUUAUGAGUGUGAUAGUUCUACUAUCCAUCAUUACAGGAAUUGCUUUGGUUUUUCAAGGAAAGGCAAAAGAUAUAGAGGUACAACAAAUGGAAAUAACUGAUCAGGGAGAUCUAACUGAUCAGGGAAAUCCAUUUGCAAUGUGUAACUAUGAUGGAAGAAUUGUGCAUGAAGAUAUCAUGGAAGCAACAGAGAAUUUUGCUGAAAAGCAUUGCAUUGGGAAGGGAGGGUAUGGAAGUGUUUACAAAGCAACUUUAUCAAAUGGUCAAUUGGUAGCCGUGAAGAAACUUCAUCCCUUACAAAAUGAUGUUGGCAUGGUCAACCAAAAACAUUUUACAAAUGAAAUUCGUGCAUUAACUGAAAUUCGACACCGAAACAUUGUGAAAUUUUAUGGUUUUUGUUUACAUGCACGACACUCAUUUUUGGUUUAUGAGUAUUUGGAAAGGGGAAGUUUGGUGAAGAUCCUAGGAGAUUUGGUGCAAGCAACAAAAUUUGAUUGGAUCAGGAGAAUUAAUGCAAUUAAAGGUGUGGCCAAUGCACUAUCUUAUAUGCACCAUGAUUGCUCACCACCAAUAAUUCAUAGAGACAUAUCAGGUAGCAAUAUUUUGUUGGAUUCAGAGUAUGAGGCUUGUGUGUCAGACUUUGGGACUGCUAGGCUCCUAAAGCCUGAUUCAAGUAAUUGGACUUCUCUUGUAGGCACAUAUGGCUAUCUUGCUCCAGAGCUUGCUUAUGCAAUGAGGGUGACUGAAAAGUGUGAUGUGUAUAGCUUUGGUGCGGUAAUAAUAGAAAUAUUAACGGGAAGACACCCUGGUGAGCUCCUUUCAUCUUUAUCAUUAUCAUCAUUGUCAUCGUUGGCAUCAUCAUCAGCUGUGAAAACCAUGAUGCUGAAAGAUUUUUUGGACCAACGAUUGUUGCCUCCCAAAGUUGAAGUUGCUGGAGUGGUGGUUUCUAUUUUAAAAUUGGCAUUUAUAUGCUGGAAUAUCAAUCCCCAAUCUCGUCCAACCAUGAAAUACGUGUCUCAAGAGCUAUCAUCAUCUCACGAGAUAUUUUCUGUUGAGUCAUUUCAAACAAUUACAUUAGGAGAAUUCUUACAUAGAGGAAGAGCACAUCUGUAGAUGCAAGUUUUCCAGUCAUGCUAGGGAAAUCCAAGAAGUGGUUAUUAUAUCAAACAUAAUCCCAAGUAUGUUCUUUCUUUUUGUCUAAUAGUCUUAGAAUUUUAAAGGAGAUCUUAUAUCCUAAGUGUGGAUUCAAGUUCUUGUUGUUUUCAUUGUAAUUUUACAUACUCGUCUUAUGUGGCAAUUGUUUUCUACGUUCUCUUAA